UGAUUAACAGGUACCCAGCAUCACUGGCAUCUGUCGUGGCUGUAAGUGAAAGAUUAAGAUGUCUGUACUCCACAGUGGUGAGUUGUAAAGCUUUUGGAGGCCAGGCAUCCUCUCUGUAACCAGCUUGAGUCUGUUAACUAGAAAGGAUUUUCUGUGAGAGGAACUCAGUGGUACAGGGAUGGGACUGGAAUGGCUCAAGUCUGGUUUCACCAGAUGUUGAGGGCAGAGCAGGACACCAGCCCCUUAACCCAUAGUCUGCUUCUUUGCUUGCCUCUUGGCACUUCUGGUUCUGGCAUGACUUUGUUUCUGAUGCUUGUUUCUCCUUCCAGCCGCCUCUCUGGAGCGCAGACUCCUUCAGCUGGGGCGCUUGGCAUCGCACUUGAGGAUGUUCUGCUGGUAAAACCUGGGCCCAGUGACGCCAAAGUGGUGGCCAGGCAGUGCCAACCUCUCUGUGAGCUAUGCUGAAAGUCCUUGUUGCACCUUCUCAGACAGGGACUUCUUCAGGGGUGGAUGCAGCCACUCUUUGUUUCUGUUCUCAACCACCUUUGACUCUGUUUUCACAGUGCAAUCCAGCACGUAGGGUAGGAACGCUAUCCAGGUCUGAUUUAUUUGGAGGGACAGAGGUGCUCACACCUGGGAAGGCAUCAGGAUUGUCUGGGUCACAGGGCACAGCCUGCUGGAGGCACUGGAAGCGGACUGGUUCCUGGUCAUGCCCGGUGGAAGGAGGGGACCCAGCCGGCAGCAGCUAAGCCGUUCAGCUUUGCCUUCUCUCCAGACUCUGGUUGGUGGGAGCUGCGGAAACGGUACUGGUUUGAGAAACAGGAAUGGUAGUGCCAUCAGCCUCUCCGCACCUCCGAUCACAGCGCUGAUUACUCCAGAGCCUGUGCGUCACUGCCGGAUCCCUGAACUACCUUUAGACGGGAGCCUGCUCUUUGAAUUCCUGUUCUUCAUCUACCUGCUGGUAGCCCUCUUCAUUCAGUACAUCAACAUCUACAAGACUGUCUGGUGGUACCCGUACAAUCACCCUGCUUCCUGCACGUCACUGAAUUUCCACCUCAUUGACUACCACCUGGCGGCGUUCAUCACAGUGAUGCUGGCACGGAGGCUGGUGUGGGCCCUCAUCUCUGAGGCUUCUCAGGUGGGCGCAACGUCAGUGAUUCACUACAUGGUGCGCUUGGUGCUGCUCACCCUCUGUGGAUGGGUGCUCUGCUGGACUCUGGUCAACCUCUUCCGCAGCCAUUCUGUUCUCAAUCUUCUCUUCCUGGGCUACCCGUUUGGUGUCUACGUUCCUCUGUGCUGCUUCCACCAGGACAGCAGAGCACAGCCCCUACCUGCGGACUGUGGUUACUUGGUACAGGAUCAGAUGGUGGAUGAUGGGGCUUCAGCUGUCAGCAGCCUGGUCAAACCCAAAGAUUUCCUCUCACUUCUGUGGGAAUCCUUGAGAGAACAGUUCAAUAAUCCUACAUCUAUCCCUACCCACAGCUGCCCCCUUUCCCCAGAUCUCAUCCGCAACGAGGUGGAGUGCCUAAAAGCAGACUUCAACCGCAGGAUCAAGGAAGUUCUCUUCAACUCUCUCUUCAGUGCCUACUAUGUGGCCUUCCUGCCACUGUGUUUUGUAAAGAGCACCCAGUACUACGACAUGCGAUGGUCUUGUGAGCACCUCAUCAUGGUGUGGAUCAAUGCCUUUGUCAUGCUCACCACUCAGCUGCUGCCUCCCAAGUAUUGCGACCUGCUCCACAGAUCAGCUGCCCACCUCGGCAAGUGGCAGAAACUAGAACAUGGUUCCUACAGCAACGCUCCACAGCAUAUCUGGUCAGAAAACACAAUAUGGCCACAAGGAGUACUGGUGCGACGUAGCCGAUGCCUGUAUAAAGCGGUUGGGCCUUACAAUGUAGCAGUGCCUUCAGACGUGUCCCAUGCCCGCUUUUAUUUCCUUUUUCACCGUCCAUUACGGCUGCUCAACCUGCUGAUUCUCAUCGAAGGCAGCGUGGUCUGCUACCAGCUCUACUCCCUGCUGCGCUCAGAGAAGUGGAACCAUACGCUCUCCAUGGCCCUCAUCCUUUUCUGCAAUUACUAUGUCUUAUUUAAGCUCCUCCGGGACCGGAUAGUAUUAGGCAGGGCAUAUUCCUAUCCACUCAACAACUAUGGACUGAAGGCACACUAGGCCUGCCAAACGUGUACCCCUUCCCCUUCCUGUGCCACUGGGCAGGGAGGGAACCUCAGAAAAAAAUAUUUUCGUACAGUUCUAUUUUUUUCUUGCGGCGUUUAUAAAUAUUUAAAAUAUUUUAUAUUUUGUAUACUGUUGUUUUUGUGGGGUGGGAAGGGAACUGGUGGCAAUUAAAUGUCGCUUUAUAAACAAGGUGUUAUUUUAUAUAUAUAAAAAAAUCAGUGUGUAUAUACCGUAUAUCUAUACCCAUACAUAUAUCUAUGUGAAGCAACAGGAUUGUUUGUGUGUGUGGUCACUGUGUCUGCUUUGCUCACACAAUUGCCUUGCUAUUGCACGCUGUGGGGGUGGAACUGCUGUUAAUUAGGAACUGGUCUUCUCUAAAGCUUCAGUAAGCGAAUAGCUAUGGGAAAAAGGAAACAGGGAGGCCUCUCACCAGUACGAGCAGUUUACCUAGCAACCUCACUGCCAGGGAAGCCUUGCACUAGUUAAACCAAUUAGAGAAAGGGAAGAGGCAAUGUGCUGAAAAACAGACUAAAUUACUGUCAGUCAGCUCCAGCUUUCAGUGCCCUUUUCUUCCCAGAGCUAGCAGAAUACAUGUUUUUCGUUGUUUGUAUUUUUAAAUAAGCCCUUUGCUUUAGCUUCUAUCCCUCUACCUAGCAACUUAAGCUUCCUCAUUCCUCCCAGAAAAUGAACUAAAUCUUGGAAUUUUAAGGUAGUAUAUCAUUUAGAAAGGGAUUUGAAAUAGCUUAAUUUAACAGGAUUGGAACUGAUCAUUUUUUAACACCACCUCCUUGCCCUUGAGUAACUGCACUAAAUUAGGGAAGAUUCAGACAUUUCCUUCAAUGUUCCUAGAAGAAAUUUCUUCUUGUCACACACUAAUCAAAUCCCCUAUCGCCACACAAUGCAUUUCAGCAGUGUUUCACUCUCAGGUAUUUUGAGCAUUU